UUUAAAGACCAGUGGACGUAUCAAUUAGCCUGGAAAGACAUGUCUACGCUAAAAACGCCAAACAAAGAAGUGCCUUGCCAAAUUUAUUCUCGUAUUAAAAAAGACAUUUUAGACAAGCGGAAAGAAAAUCGCAAUAAUUUGAUCGCUGAGGGAGACCUAUUUGUCGAUCCGUCUUUUCCACCAGAUCUUUCUUCUCUUAGUUAUGUAUACAGUGGAGAUGAUCGGUAUGAGAAGAUGAUAUUCGAAAGACCUCUGACAACUUCUUCUAAUGCAGUGCUUAUUGGAGCCGGUGGAGUGUUGGAAGCACCAUUUCCAUGGAAACAGUUCCGGAAGCGGAAAUGGUUCGAAGCCGCCGUUGUGAUUGCUUCCCUUUGUGUUCGUUAUGUAGAACGGCUGGUCCCUGGUUACCGAAUGUGUGAACAAGGCUUUACCACUGAUUACAUAGGUGCCUUCCAUUUCAACGUUUGGCGUUAUGGAGAGUGGAUCGAUGUCGUAGUAGAUGACAAUUUACCACUUUAUAAGAACUCACUUAAUUACUGUCGCUCAUUCGGGAACCCUCCAGAAUACUGGGGACCUCUACUGGAAAAGUCGUAUGCAAAAAUUAUGCAAACUUAUGAAGCCAUCGAGAGCGGAAAUACCCUCGACGCCUUGACGGAUAUAACCGGUGCUGUAUGUGAAUUCUACACCCCAGAUAUUAAUCCCCCGGAACACUUUUUUCACAUUAUCUACAAGUCUUGGGAAAACAGGUCCUACAUGGUGUGUUGGAGGAAUAGCAAACGACUCACUCCAACAGGAUUUAACCACUUCCGGUGCAACAGUGAUGAGUCUGAGGAGGAAAUUGAGGCCGAGGACAACGAGAGAUACCUACACAUCAUCACCGCUGUUACUAAGUUCCCUUCCAUGGAUGCUAGGAUGGUUGAAGUUGUACGACUAAAGUGUCCCUAUAACGCGGAGCCUCAGUGGAGGGGGAAAUACUCUAACAGGGACCAUUUGUCAUGGAUGUCUUUGAACCCCGGGUUUUUAGACAGGUACCGACCACUAUUAUGCAAAGACCCGGACGAAUAUUGGAUUUCGAUGGAAGACUUCCGGUGUAAUUUCGGAGGAUUAGUCAUCUGCAGUGGAAGAGAACCUUUUCGGUUGGAGGGUUUCAACGUAGAAAGAAGUUACUCGUGUGCAAAAGAGCGGGAAAGUGUUGUCAAUAACAAUACGAGUAGUGAUACAUACAGCAGGAAGCCCUGCUCAACUGUGUUAAAAAACAAUCGUGUUGGGAAGUGUGUAAGUGAAACCGAGAAUAAUAGAUAUCCAUCACGUACACAGGAUUGUAACAAUGAGAUCACCGUGAAGGAAAACAAACAGACUAUCAAACUAGACACUACAAAGAAAGAACAGUUCCCGCGGAACAAAGUCGGCAUUGUCUCACCCGUCUCGGACGAGGAAAGCAUAAUACAGAUUCUUUUGAAACGAAGACGAGGCUCAGAGAACCCAAACAGUUACAGGACAUGUGAUCAAACGGGAUACGUACGCAAGCGCAGCGCUUCACACACUUCCGCCCGAAUAGAACACCCCAGAUUUGACAGACUUCAGCCACUAAACAGUAGUUUAUCUGUUCAUUCGUGUUCGUCAGAAUUGGAAAGCACCUAUUCUGCUUCCGACAUAUCAGUGAGCAUUCCGGAAAUGAGGUCUCGCGAGAACUCUUUAUCUACAGGAUGUCGGAAUUCAUCUUUUCCACUUUUGUAUACCCGGAAACAUUCGACAGGUUCUGUGUCUCAUUUGACUCAAAGUAACUUUUUUGCGAUGAAGACGGACAGCUUCCGGUCACAUGAUGAAUGGAAAUUGAUUAUGGAACAUUACGACAAGUGGACGAAGCAAAUGACAGUUGAUUUAAACGAAAUGAAAGCCAACUCUCACAAUCCCAGAAUCUGCUUCGCCAUUAAUAGCAGUCAGGCGUCUGACGACACCAUUUCACCGCCGCCAUUUCGUGGGAAAUCUCACGUGCUGAUCUCGUUGUUGCAGGAUUGUCGUCACGGACCGUCCACUGCCAACAGCUUGCUCAUUCCAAUAGGCUUUGGCGUCUACAGGACAAAAAGUUCAGACAAGGAUGAAAAGCGCCCCCUGUCUAAGCUUCAACCAGUUGGAAUGUUUGAGUCGAGCUAUGACCAGCGGGAAGUAACCGGACGCUUGGAUCUGGAGGAAGGAAAUUACGUCAUAGUUCCGUACUGUAAAUCACAAGGUCACGAGGGAGGUUUCCUCUUGCGCAUGCUCGGAGAUAAGAGGACAGUGGUUGGGAAGGUUGGAUGUAUCAUAUCGUGAUGUGGAGAGUUUACAUAUUAGGAUCGUCACCAUAUCUUUGAAAUACAAGACUAAGUGUAGGACGAGUGUAUAAGUUUAGGACGAGCGGGAUGACUGCAGUAACGAGUUUGGUGUACAAGUGUAGGACGAGCGGGAUGACUACAAUAACGAGUUUGGUGUAUAAGUGUAGGACGAGUGUAUAAGUGUAGGACGAGCGGGA